UGGCUACAGCUGAUCGCUUCAAUCCCGGCUUUCCGAAUUUACGCUGACUGUAGUGGUCAAAUUGGUCCAGGAAUAAUUUUAAAAAAUAGUGCAUUAUAUCCCAUGAAUCGGAAAUUAGGUGUGAAAAGUGUCCAGUGUCUGAAAUAAUUAUAAUGAGUGUUUUUUCAAGUGACAGUUAGCCACGCCAUAUUGACCGGGUGCCACGGUGUGCUAAUUUGGACAGGGGGCGAGAAUGGUGUUUUUUUUGUGUGAUUUUCCAAUGACAAAAAAAAAUACUUCCAUUCAUUUUCCUCCUUCCAGACCUAAUUUCCGAUCCAUCGGAAACAAACGUUCAAUUUUUGUGACCAAAAUUGGAUUUUUUCGUCCAAUAACCCGGUCGUAAUUUCGGAAACUGGAAAUGGUCAAUUUGGAUCAGUUUCCUAGGGAAUUUCAUAGGGACUUGUCUGGAAAAAAUCCCUCCAACCGGGCCUUAAAAUAAAUAAUUAAAAAAUCAAUAUAAGUGCUGUCCUCUGCGUGUCAUAGGCGGAACCCUUAAACCCAUUGUACUUAGCUCCAUCUGGAGAAUGAUGAGGAGACUAUCGAUAGUAUGGCUUUUCGUGUUGUUAGAAUCAUAACAUCAAUCAGCCGGCAGUUUGUACGGGCAGAAAAUUUUCGCAGUUUAUCGAGAAUGCCUGAGACGCUAAAUCAGAUACCCGACGUUGACAUUGACCCAAACGGUGUAUUCAAGUAUAUUUUGGUGCAUAUUCACGAUGAUAAUAACAAACAGAGUAAGCCAAUUGUCCGGGGCUAUGCUAGAUGCCAGUGGCACGCUGACAUUUACGAUGAAAUUGGAAAUGAAUUGAAAAAGUAUGGAGCUGGAUUGGAUACCGAGUGUGUUGGAGGUGGACGAAUAAAUCACAGUGCCGAAGAAAAGACGAUUAAAGUUUAUGGAUAUUCUCAGGGAUUUGGGAAAGCCGAUCAUCAAGUUUCUGUUGGGCUAUUGAAUAAGAAGUAUCCGGAUUAUGACAUUACAUGCUCCGAUGAGGGAUAUUAAAAUCAAUAUCGUCGAAUAUAAAAGGAUAAUUACUGUAUCUUUAUCAUGAUUCUCGAAUAAAAGUGAAUUAUUUUCACGCUCGAUAAAA